UUGUAAUUCCUUUAACUGAAAACAAUAUGGCUACUGAAAAACGUGCAAGAUCUGAAUCUCCUGUAAAAGAUGAAAUUAUUAACAACUCUCACGAAAAUAUUGAUAUAGAUAUCAAUGAUACUACUAAUUCAGAUGUUGAAAAUCCUAAGUCCAAAAUAAAAUUAUCAACUAAGAAAGUUUUAAUUAGUAAUAUUGCAUAUGAAGUUAAAUGGCAGGAUUUGAAGAGUCUUUUAAAGGAUGAAAUUGGAGAAGUUGAUUUUGUACAGAUUUUUGAAUCUCCUGAUGGAAGGUCCAAAGGCGUGGGUGUCGUGGAAUUCAAAACUGAAGAAAUGGCUCAAAAAUGUGCUGAUAAAAUGCACAGAUUUGUUUAUAAAGGACGAGAAUUAGUUGUAAAAGAGGACAAAGAAGGUGAAAGAGAUAAAUUUGGAGAACCAAUUCCUAAAAUUACACAAAAUGAUGGCUUAGAUUUUGAAUCCUAUGGUAUUGAAGCCAAAACAUUAAAUGACUUGGGAAUUACAGGGCCAUUAACUAAUAGAUUAUUUGUGGCAAAUAUUGAUUACAAAGUAGAUGAUAGAAAAAUUAGAGACGUUUUUUGCUUAGCUGGUAAAGUCAACAAAGUUUGGCUUCAUAAAGGUGAAGAAAGCAAACCCCGUGGCACAGGAAUUGUAGAAAUGUCUCAUCCGGUUGAAGCUGUCCAGGCAAUAGCAAUGCUCAAUGGCCAUAGACUAUAUAACAGAGAAUUAGCCAUAAGAAUAGACAAAUUCACUCAAGAUGAAGAUAAUAAAUCACGCAAAUUUCCUGUACCCAAACCAGUAUUACUGCCAAAGGGUCUUAAAUCAAUUGGCAUGGGUAUCAGCAUUGGAGGAGUUCCCCUAUCCAUAUGUCAAAUGUUAGGAGGUGGUGUUUCUCCUUUUGACUCAGAAAUGUUCUUUGAUGCCAGCAGUAGAGGUAUGUCAGGUUCCCCAAAUGGUUUAGGCAAUCCCAAUCAACUUAACUCAUUACUUGGAAGUGGAGCUGGAUAUGGAGGAGCCAAUAAUCAGCAGUUGAUGUCAAUUAUGAAUGCCCUAAUGGGGACUGGAGGUGGAUCACCUGGAAAUAAUGGAUUGAAUCCAAUGCUAAUGUCAAUGAUGUCUCAAAUGGGUGGUGGCCCUGGCCCAAUGGGUGCAAGUCCAGGUCUGCUCAAUUCACUUUUUGCUGGGAGCAUGAUGGACCCAAUGAUGUCUUCUCACCCCCCUCCAAUUAAAAGGGGUGGGGGUAGUUCCCAAAACUCACCUGGAAAUGUGGGAGGAGCUAACAAAGUCCUUGUUAAAAAUCUACCAUCUGGCUAUAAGUGGCAAGAUUUGAAGGACAAGUUUAGGGAAGCUGGUGAUAUCAGGUAUGCUUCUGUCAGUCCUUGCAAAGAUGACCCUUCAUCCUCCGAGGGUUUAGUUCAAUUCGCAAAUAUGGACUCAGCUCGUAGAGCUGUUAAAAAUAUGGAUAACAUUAGAUUGGGUGGCCGAGUCAUAUCGUUACAAUUGCAGCAUUCAUAAAUUAAAUGCUGGUUUUUGGAAAAUGUCAUUUAACUAUUAAAUUUUUUGUAUAUAUCUCAUGUCUUAUGUAUAUAUAUUUUAACUUAGUUUAAAAUUAAAAUGUAGAUUGUGAUAACUCAAUUUUUUGAUUGAAGCCAUAAUUUAUUGUAAAU